AUGACCCCCGCAGACACACGUGCCGCAACGCUCGUGGCAUGGCUCCAUCGCCUCGAGCACGACACCUUCAGCCAGGCGCCCGCAAUGACGUACGCCGUGACAAAGUCCUUGACGAUCCACGUCCUUGGAGCCGAUCAUCGCGAAGGCAACAGCGGCGCCGCGACGUUCGAAGUCUUCCGAGCGUUCACGGAAGACGUCGUGUCUCGCGCGCGGCUCACGUCGCUCCAGUUUGUGCUCGUGGGGCCCAAUGUGUCGCGGCCGCUGCACCUCAACGAGUGUACGCACCAGUGGCCACUACCACCGUCCGACGCCAUGGGCCGCGACGCCGCAACGUGUGACGUGACGAUCCGCUACUUUGUCGGCAGCUUUGAACGCUACUUCCUCGACAAGCAGCGGUUCUGUGCGCCAGACCUCGUCGUGUGCUUCAACGCCGGUCUCUGGGGCUACGACGACUGGCGGCCGGCGAUGCAAUUGGUGCUGCACGACGUGCCCCGCGCGCCGCUGCUCGUGACGUCGUACAACGCCCACGAGGCGCGAGACGAUGAGGACGUGCUCGACACGAUGACGACGACGUCGAGGCAGUGGCUCUGGCGACCCGAGAAGAAUCCGUGCGGGGCGAGCACGCCACGCGCGACAGCCAACGUGGCCGCACGAGUGCUUAAGGAGAACGACUACUGGAUGUGCCUCGCGCGGGCCGCAGACAACAAGACGUGA